GUUAUCGAAAAUUGUAAACGGCGUAUGACAAAACAGCUACAGCAAUAGUAACAAAUAUCUAAAAGAUGCAGACAUCUGUGGCACAGAAUGGUGGAGUUCAGACUCAAAGUCAUCAGGACAAUAUAUCAUUUAGUAUAAACCAGAUCCUUAGCCCCGAAGGAGAUAAUUUGGAAAGUAGAAAUGGGGGCUGUAGUUCUGCUAUUGAGAGCGACGGGCAAGAAACGACUAAUCAAACUGCUGAUUACUACGAAAUUGAAACUGGCAAGUCGGAGGAUGCUCCGAAUUCAACGUCGUUUUGCAGGCAGGCUGAAAGUGGUUACUACAACGGUGGCUUUGACACCUACUGUAACGGCUAUUAUAAUGGACAAUAUCAUCCAGCUAAUGGGAUACCGGAUUCAUCAUUUUAUGCCAACGGGUACACCAGAAGUCAAAGAUCAAGCUAUUUUAAUAGUAAACUAUCCACUUCCUUGCCGCAUGGGAGCUAUGCGAGAAAAUCUAGUGGAAACGAAAUUUUACGGGGUGACUUGACUGCUUACGGUACAAACUGUUUUGAUACCAACAGUCAUGUUGGGGAAUCUGAACAAAGAAGCAGUUGUAAAUAUAUGAAAAAUCAGUCCAUAAGUUCAAACGGAAAUAGCACAUCGACGGGUUCUUCCGGGGGACAGAGUGGAAGUGCAGUGUCGGAUUCAGUGUCCCCCCAAAUGUCGCCCAAUUCUACGUCUCCCGGCCGCCAUUUCUACAAUGGUACAAAAUCGGACAAUACGCCAAUUAUCGGAGAUAAAACACUUUGCUUUGAUGAACCAAAACAACUCUCAUCUGAUGACCCAAACAGAUACAAUAGUGCAUUUACAGCUUCAAAUUAUUAUAGCAGUUAUUGCACAAAUUACGCGGCUGCCGCAGCCGCGGCUUCAUUUUUUAACGGCGGUAUUCCGCCUUCGUCCUGCGGCAUGGGAUCUUUGUCUAUGUCGGCGCUAAGUCCUGUUGUAGCCCAACCCCACCAUUUCAAUCAUCAUCAAGCCGCGGCUAUGGCUGCAGUUGGUUCUGCAGUCGCGGCAGCGGGAAACAGUGUUAUCAGAGUACCAGCCCAAAGAGCUCCAGGAUUAACUGCCCGUCCACCUUUGCUGGGAACGACUUUUGCAUGGAUGGAAAGUAGGAGAGAACGGAUGGCGUUAACACGACGAGUUGGGCAUCCUUAUCAGAGUAGAACGCCACCUAAGAAAAAGAAGCCAAGAACAUCGUUCACUCGAAUCCAAAUCUGCGAGCUUGAAAAGCGAUUCCAUCGGCAAAAAUAUCUUGCAAGUUCCGAACGUGCUUCCCUAGCUAAAACAUUGAAAAUGACAGACGCACAAGUAAAAACGUGGUUUCAAAAUCGAAGAACAAAGUGGAGACGACAAACUGCAGAGGAAAGAGAAGCAGAACGUCAAGCAGCACAGAGACUUAUGAUGCAAUUACAGCAAGAAGCUUUAUCCAAAACGCCGAUAACAGCUCCAGAUCCAAUAUGUUUGAGAAACGCUUCUUUAUUUGCUCUUCACAAUCUUCAAGCAACUCUGGAAAACAAAUAAUUUGCUCUCGCGAAGUGAACAACUUUCUCCUGAAUAUUCCCGAAGUUUGAGCUAAAUUUCAAAUAAACCAGUCGUCACUAAACUGGUGACUAUGUGUUUUAUAAAGACCAUUUUUGUAAUGGUUGCUAUGGGAUAUUUUAUUUGCUAAAAGUCGAGUUCGAUAGCAAUCCUGAAAUCAGCAAAUUAGACUGGUUCACUGUAGAAAGUCACUAAAAACAAAUGAGAUUUUUAUAGGGUUUACAAUCACAUGACGUCAACACAAAGUCAUUAAACAAUGUAAUGUUUUCGUGUGAACCAAUACUUCGAAAAUUUAGCCGUGACAAUACAGGCUUUGAGGAUGUGAAACCAGAUGAAAAUUACUCCCCUUCCAGCGAAGGAAAAAUGUUGGCAAACGAAAUUAUGAAACGUGAAAUCAUAAACUGUAUUUUGUUUGAUUGCUAUUCAACAAAAAGAGAUUUUGACGCGUGAAAUUAUCAUGUUUCAUAAUAAAAUUGUUCAAUUUUAGUGCAAAUUACUUACAUUUUUACGUUCUAUAUUUUUCGUAUGUUUUAUGUAAACUUAUUACUAUUUUAAAAUUAAAAAUAAAAGCAGUGGCACACAAUUCUUUAUCAUAAUGGCCGAUCGAACACGGGCAUGUGCAUAUUUACUUCACACAGUAAAAUUUGAUCAUUGUCAAGCGCGAUUUCUAUAUUAGUCUAGUUCCCGAUUUUAUAUUGGACAAUAUAUCAAAGUGUAAUGAGUGGUGUGUAAUGAGUUAUGACCAAUUUCUGAGAUUUAAAUAGCCUACCUUUCUAACUGCAAUACUGUGGAAAGUUUGCCUGUCUGUUUUCUAAAGACUCAUUCAACAUGAUUACGUUUCCGCAUUUAUGAAAACAGCACAGCGAAUUUGUAUUGGCGCAUUAUUCGAAACCUAUGUGCUAUUUCAAAACUUUGCUCUGAUAAAGCUGUUAUUAAAAUAUAGUACAUUUAUUUUUUACAUUCCUCAUACUAUUUGUAACACUUCUGAAUUUUUUUUUUUUCAAAACAACUCUCGUAUUUAUUUUUUAACUUUUUUUCUUUUCUAAUUAAAAUGAAAAGUUUGAGAUCCUCACUCAAGCUCAAUACUACGUUCCUGAUGUUUUCUAUAUUCAUUGUUUGUGUUUGUUCAUUUCGUUUGAUCAACAUUUAUUGUUGUUUAUUCUGUAAAAUAUAUCUGUCGAGUCUAAACAUUGCUCUGCUUGGUUACAUCGUUUUUAUUUAUGAGCAUGAACUUCAUUUGUCGUAAAAAAAAUAUUUUUCGUGGAUGUCAUAAAGAUUCAAAUUCCAAUUUUUAUUGUUAGAUAUGGUGUGCUAUAAAGAAGCCCAAACAUGGUGGAUUUUUUUAAUACACCUAAUCUGCAAAUCCCCGACCGUUUUCCAAGCAAAUGAAUAUAAAUUUAAUAGGAUUUCUGAAAUGUUUUGCGUCAAACUUUCUAGAAAACAUAUUUGUACUUAGCAAUGCGAUGAUCGGUAACGACUACAACAAGAACGCAGCGAAAAGCGUGUGAGAAAAAUACUUGAACGAAUAUGAAAGAAAUAAACACUACGUAACACGGGAUGAAAAUAUCAACGACUUGGAAUAGAUAUUAUUUGAUC